UUAAAAGAGCCAAAUUUCAGGGUUCACCAGAUAAAUUUAACACUUAUGUGACCCUGAAAGUCCAGAAUGUGAAGAGCACAACUGUAGCAGUUCGUGGUGAUCAACCUUCCUGGGAACAAGAUUUCAUGUUUGAGAUUAGUCGCCUGGACCUGGGUCUAAGUGUGGAGGUAUGGAACAAGGGACUGAUCUGGGACACCAUGGUGGGGACCGUGUGGAUUGCACUGAAGACUAUUCGUCAGUCGGAUGAGGAAGGGCCUGGGGAGUGGUCCACGUUGGAGGCAGAGACAUUAAUGAAAGAUGAUGAGAUCUGUGGAACUAAAAACCCAACUCCUCAUAAAAUUUUGCUUGAUACAAGAUUUGAGUUGCCUUUUGAUAUCCCAGAGGAGGAAGCCAGAUAUUGGACCUACAAAUUGGAACAAAUCAAUGCCUUGGGAGCUGACAGUGAGUAUUCUAUUCAAGAAGAAAUCCAGAGGAAGCCGUUGCCCACUGCUGCCGCCCAGUGUUGGUACAACAUUUAGGGUCAUAGGAGGCCAGAAGAAGCUGAAAUGAAUUCUAUAGGUCCUUUCUAAAACUCA